UGGCGUUGAUGGAUCGAGAGGCUGUCGAAUGUACUGCAGAUGACCUAUACUCUGGUUAUAAGGACAAUUCCCAGCUGGCCAGUGCUCGCACAAAGGUGCAUAAGAUGAGUGUAGUAGAGACUGGUGGCUUACCGUAUCUGUUGCGUCUUGUUCUUGGUACACCUUAUAUGCUGACCACCAACGUGGAUGUCGAAGAUGGCAUCGUGAACGGAGCGAUCGGAGAGCUCAUGCAUGUUGAGUACAACGAAGGAAACUCGCAGCAACAGGCAAUCACGAGGCUUUGGAUGGCAUUCGAAAAUGAGUCCAUUGGGAAGAUGUUGAGAGUGAAGGCCAGACCGCUGGUGUAUUCGAGACCUGGGGUGCUACAAACAGGCUGGACUCCAAUCGUCAAACGAUCGGCGAACGUAACCCUUAACGGUGAUGUUAAGUGCAAAAGAGUUCAGUUUCCCGUUGUAAGUGCGUGUGCCCUCACAGUCCAUAAGUCCCAGGGAGGCACAUUCUCGGAAGUCGUAUAUAAUUACGAUAAGGGUCAGGAACAGCAGCUAGUUUACGUUGGUCUUUCCAGGGUUACAUCAAUCGACGGAUUGUAUCUGACGAAUGCCAGUAACUCAUUCCGGUUCCACCACGGAAAGGGUUCUAUGACCCCUAGAAUGAACGACCUUCGGACGGAACUUGAACGUUUGAGUAACCAUCGUAUGCGCACCAUUACAGACGAUAUCAUGGAAGCUAUAACCGCAAACAAGUUGGCUUGUACGUUGAUGAGCAUCAAUGUACAAAGUUUGAAUGCACACUCGUCGGACAUUGCAACAGAUCGGGUGCUUACCGCCGUUGAUUUGCUUGCAAUGAGCGAAACUUGGCUUGACAACGGCACAACCACAAACAUCAAUGGAUACCUUUGUGUUUGUCAAGAGAAGCGUGACGGAACAAGAGCGGGAGGAGUGGCAAUAUUUGAACGUGCUGGUUCGUCGACUAUGGCCGUUUCUCACGCCAUUACGAAGCUCAAUGAAAGCUAUGACCCAGCAUUGAGUGUAGCAGACGAAUAUGGGGACUGCUGUGCUGCAGAGGUUUCAAUCAUGGAAACCCGCACGUUACUGUUUGCGGUAUAUAUUUCACCAGGCACCACCCUGAAGCAAAAGAAAUAUUUCUUAGUGCGCAACCUCAUAAAGUACACCCAUGUUGCCAUGCCCGUGGUAGUGUCGGGAGACUUUAAUAUUGAUGUGACGAAAGAGGAGAACAGAGAUUUCAUCUGGUUCAUGAAGCAGUUUCUCUAUCUGGAUUGUGCUUCGGAUCCAACUAUAGCGACUACUCUGGGUGGCACAUGUCUCGAUCUAACGUUCACCCGGAACGUAAGUGUGGAAUGCAGGAGAUACUGCACGUACUUCUCCUACCACCGGCCUAUUUUGUCGAUUCUUGCGGUGUCCCGAGGUAAAACUAAUGAUUUAGAAUUAAACAUAGUUCUCUUCAUCAGUUAUGUUAUUUUAUUCUAGAACCGAUGCCAUCCCAGUGAAGUGAAUUAACGUCACUGAUCGUCGUUGGUCCGCUAGUUCAUCUGCCAAAACGUUCGAUUUCAACCAGAAUGACCAAUCAUUGACAUCAGCCGGACAGUCCGUAGCAAAAAUAGAUAAUUGAUCCUGAAAAUGAAACUUGAGUAUUUGAUUCAGCCCAACAGUGGAUUGAUGCAUCCUUUAACAUUCAUCGGGACCACGGCGUACAUCACUUCAAAAGGCUUCAAGCCAACAUAAACAAACGGCCCUUUUCAGGGCCACCAAAUAUUCAUGGAGGAAGAUGUUGUUGAGGCUGUUGUUUACCGAUCUUCUGUUUCUUUAAUACUCUGCUUAUAGUUAUAAACCGAAAUGAGUUUAUAGUAACAAUCGGGUUUUCGCCCAUUUAUUUCCAGGAUAUGCGACAUGUCGAGGAUAUUCCAACCCAGAUUGAAUAUACAGCCCCAUCUUCAAAAAUCAGCACCAAGAAACAUAUUUAGAGUUUCAAAAUAAAAUCUUCUACACUUACGUAAUCCUACGUCCAAUUGGCGGUCGUGUCUCGGAUACAACCUUCUA